AUGUACAGCCCUAGAGUGCCCUUUGCUUGUGACUCUCAUAGCAGUUACCAUUGUCCCAGAGAGCGUGCCUUCCCUCCGCUCACUAUAUGUGCUGCUACAGUCGAAGACCAUGAUGACCUCGUGAAGGUAUUUGAUGCCCAAAGUGACGUCGUGACGGAUAUCUAUGGCGAGUACUUUCUAGCAGAGCUCAUCGCGGCUCAAGACGAGUCUCACAAGAGCCUCGUCGCUCGACCC